GACCCCUUCACACACCCUCACCAGCACACAUGUCCCACGGUGAUCCUAGGGAUCACAGCAACAUGCUGCCACUUUCUAGACUUUAGCAUUGGUAGUCACACGUUCCCCUUCCUUCAUGUUUUGGGGGACAAGGGUCAGCAACCUGAUUUCAGCACCCAAAGAGUGGAGCUUCUCCAGACACAGCCAGAUAUAAAAAUAGCCAGAGAAGCUGCAACCAUCUGCUAGACACCCGACACUGCUUCAGGCUUGGAUUUCUCCCUUGCUUAGGAAAGGGGCACCCAUAAUCAUACGUAGCUCCCCUGACACAAAAUGAGACCUGGAUUUGGGGGGGCAUAUUUGGGGGUGCAAAUCUUUCAUCAGGCUACUCCUGAACUCAACAGCAUCAGGAAUAGUGAGAGUUUGACUCUGGAUCUUUUACUCUUUCAAGAAGACAGGGCAAUACUGAAUGUGUGAUGACAAACAAACAUCAAGAUGCACUGAGCGCUACUGAAGGUGCUAACAGUAACAAGGCUGGGUGAAGACAACAAUUUAGAAAGACUUAACAAAUAAAGGUGCUGGGAGCCUACUGCGGAAAUCCCCCUAUAAACGCGGAUGGGGCUGGGAUCAUAAUUAGCGUGGCUCUCCAGCGCACUUAAGGGCUGACUUACUGAUCUUCUGGCACUUAUUUGCAUCAUCAUAUUUCCAAACUACAAAGGCCCGAAGCACCCUGAAAAAAUAAUGCUUCGUUACAAGAAGCACAAGAGAUUGACAGAUGGACAAGGAAGUGGAGUGGGUGUUAUGGAUGAUGCCGACCGGGAAGUGAGCAGUUUCACUGACCGAGCUUUCAGAAGCUUGUGUGUAGCAGAAGAGGAGCAAUACAAUGAUAUUCCUCAUCUACCUUCUCCUAUUAGAGGAAUGCCACUCUCUACUAAAUAUCACCUUGGAAUCUUUAACCUCUCAGUCAGAAAAACACAACCCCUGGCUCAGUUACCUACUCUUCCUGGUCAACGUGGAAAGUGGGCACCAACAUUCCAGCCACUGCUCAAUCGAGUGAGAGGUGGGAGUCUUGACAGUAACAUCCAUAUUCAUAAACCUAGUGUCCAUGAGCCAAGAGGUUACAGACAACGCUCCAAAGUUUCAUCCCUAAUAAAGACCUUUGAUAACAUCGAAAAUGAGCAACCAGAAGGCUCAGUCUUACAGUACAAACUGCCUGUCCCCAAAGUUUCUCAGAAAUGCAGUCUCAUUACAGAUGAAGAACCCUCCUCUGAUAUUGCACUAAACAUUGAGAGAAAACUUGAAUUGCUGGAAACUGACAGCCAGAGGCCCACUGAUUUUACUGAUAAUCAUAGACUACUCAGACGUACAGCCAGAGAUGUAUUCUUGGAGUCCCAAACAGACAAGUGUUCUAUUGUUUCUGGUUCACCAUGUUCCAUAGGAUCUCCAGUCCAUGAUCCCCCGAAAAAGACAAUAAAGCAGAAAGAUGCCUUAAAAAGGACAAACUUUCUUCACAGUGAAAACAGUGCCUUUGAGUCAUGGAGUGAUCUCAACAAGAGGGUAAAUAAAGGAGAAGAAAGUGACAGUUCCCUUCCUGGUACACCUCCAAUUUUGGGAUUUGCAGGCCCCUCUUCACCUUUAUUGCAGAGGGUGAUAUUUGGUGCACGAACAAGAGAGGCCAGUCUAGCUUCUCCUGCAUCCACUGUAUCCAGUAGUUAUGACACUGUGCAAAUGUUAAGGACGGUGCCCCCUUUACCUAGCAAAAAGGUAGGAAAGCAAUUUAAAGAAUUUAGCCACAGGACUGGAGUGUCAAGAAUUGCACUGGAGACUAGAAUCCAAGAAGAAGUAAUGCAGAUAGAUGUAGAAUCUCCACUGUCAUCCAAAGAAAUUCCCAAAUGGACUAAGAUCCCUACAGUUUCAGGUAUUACCAAGUCACCACAUGAUGUUCAACAGGAGGAAACCAUAAAUGAAAAAUCAGAAAUAAUAUCAAAUAUAUCAAACUUGCCUACAAAAAUAAAUGACGAACAAGUGAGUGCAAAGACAGAUUCACCAAAACACCUAACGUCAGGGGUGACUGAUAGUGGAUUUGAUAACAGUGAGUUUAUUAAACAUCAACCAUCCUCAGGAAAAAUAAAGACAAUCAUACAGCAAAUGGAAAAUGAUUCGGUUAAGGAUGUGGGGUCACCUUGUUUAUCUGAGCAAAGGCGCAAGUGCAACCAGGCACCAAGAGAUGGUAAUUCAGAGACUCUUUCCUCUGCAGCUUGCGUAGUAUCAAACUCUGAUAUUCUUCCUCAAAGUAAUAAAAUUGUACCUCCAUGGAGGAGAACAAAAGUCAAUCAAAAGUUAGAAUCAGAGGAAAAGUUGCUAUCUAUGGAUAAUCAUAAAGGAAAACCUGCUGUAACUUCACCUAAAGAUAAUACACCUGUAGAUAAAGAGGACUUCACAAAUAUAAAGCCUACUAAUUUAACUUUUAACAUCACCAACCUUUUAACUCCAGUUAUAAGGAGGAAAAAUAUGAAAGAAGCCCUUGAAGAACUGCCCAUGAUGAUAACACCCCCACCAGCUGAGGUCCUACCGAUAAAGGAACAGGAUCAAAAAGAGAUCAGCUUGUACAGGAACAGGGAUGAUUACAAGUCCAAAGCAACAAGCUUGCUAUUUAAUCUAAAGGACAUGCGUAAACGAGUGAAGAGCACCUACAAUCCAGCAACACAAAUGAGAAAUGGCAAUGAAAAAAAUCAUGGUGGGGAGAGCAGGAUACAUGAAGAAGUAACACCUAGUGUUCCCGCAAUGGAGAUGAAUAAAUUUGUAACACAAUCACUAAAUGAAAGCAGAAAUGAUAUACCCUCUGUAAAACAGAUGAAAGGAGAAAAUAAAACAGACUUCACAGCAAGCUCUGCUGAUAACUAUUUAACUUUAAUCUCUCCCCAUGGCACAAUGGAAGAUUUAGCUCAUGAAAAUGCAGAAGCUAUUCAAGAAACAAUCCAGAAAGAAACCCACACACCAGAAGAGAUUGCGGUGUCCAGCAAAUGUAACCCCCUUGAAGAGAUCAGGAUGAUUGCAGAUUAUCCCUCACUAAAUCUUUAUCAUAAAGAAGAGAAAGUUUCAGAUGCAAUCAAAAAUCAAAAUCUUCCUGGGGAAGAAUGGGUCCAAAAGGAAAAAGAUUUUCUUCAACAUGAAGAUAUUGUUAUAGAAGAAUCAAAUCAAAAUGGUGACUGGGAAAUUGUUCAGGAGCUUGAAAUCGUGGGUGGAAACACCAUGUCAGAUUAUAGCAAGGAAAGAGAUACAAAAGUUGAGCCAAACAACCAAAAGCAUUGCAAUCUCUCUAAUGAGCAAGAAAGUCAAAGGAACAUUGCAUGUGAAGAAGAAAGGGAAAUGGAAAGUAAAGAGGACACCAAGGAUGAGCUUCAGUAUUAUGCUGUCAGCAAUAGCAGCAUUGAGGACAGCCGACUGAGUAGUGGUUUGGAAAAUGAGAAAAAGAAAGAAGAAGAAAAGGAGAUACUGACAAGUGACAUACUGAGAGAUGAAACUACAUUAAGUGAGGAAACUGAAAGACCACCAUCUAUUACCAUGUUUAAACCAAACUUGUUUAACUUUAAAGGCAAUAAAUUAAAGUCUUCUCCUGUCACUAAAUCAGUAAAGCUGCCUCUUCUCAGAUGUCUAUCAGAAGACUCACUGUUCUACAAGAGGGAAAAGGGGAUUGGACAUUCAGAAAAUAAGGGUGAGGAGGCAAGUGAAGCAGUGUCUGCACUAAGGGACAAAAAUAAUGUAAGUACAAGUCUAAAUAAUACAGACAAAAGAAAGAGCACUUUAUCUUAUAAAGAAAAAAUAUGUGAACUUCUAAGCAUUCGUCCUGCAUCAGAGACUCCAUGGCAAGCUAAAACAGAGUAUAACCACAUGAGAAAGCAAAAGGGGGAAUCAGAGAAUUUGGAGCUACUGAAAAAACUCAGCUCUGAGGACACAGAUCACAGAAAAGCAGAAAAAGUCAUGGAUGUGACAACCAGAGAAAGCAGCUGUUUUGAGCCAGGUUUACUGGGAAUGGAGGAACCCUUUUUUCAUCCACUUGAGACUUGUGUUUCUGAGGUUACAGGUUUAUCACCAGAGUGUAACACAUUACUAGCACAAAAUGUCACUGAUUCCAUGAAAGAUUUGGUGAAUGGAGAGCUUAUAUAUUCCCCUCCACUCAUUGCUGAGAGUCCUCACUAUUCUCCUAUUGAUAAUGACUUUUUGCAAUAUGAGGAUGCAGUGGCAUUUUCAGAAAAUACUGCCUGUUCCACUAUUAAUAGUCCUAUGUCAGAGAGUGUUACCUGCUCCAUGGUAGUCAGUCCUAUGUCAGUGAAUACACAAAGUUCUGGCUUUACUACUGCACUUUCUGGGUUAGAUGAUCUCCCAAGUCCAAGUUCAUCUGGCACAAAUGUCAGGAAUGGAAAAUUUAAUUUUUCUUCCCCUGAAAAAUCAUUUCCUUCUCUACCAGUAAAUGAAGAAUCACAAUCCAUAGAGUGUACCAAGCAGUUACAAGAGUCAGCUCCUCCUGUGGUACUUCAGAAUACCCAUGCAAGCAAACCACCAGCUGUGCCCCCAAAAACAGAAAAAGCCUUACGUCGUGCAAAGCGUCUGACCAAAAAACGAAGAAAGACUGAGGGGUCUCAAAGAAUUCAGGAUGGAGCUGACCAAGAGUCAGAUUUUGUUCUAGAUGUUCCUUCACCUGGAAAUCUCACACCUACAUCAGUGAUGUCCUCAUUACCUUCAAAACUGCCCCCCUGCAUUAACAAAAUCCUCCAGCAUGAGGAAUCCAUAUCUUCCUCUUCAACCCCAUCCUUCCCAGUCACCCAGCGCAAGCUACUCCAGGAUCCUGACUCAGGGCAAUAUUUUGUAGUGGACAUUCCUGCUCACUUCCGUAUCAAGACUUUCUAUGAUCCAGAAACUGGAAAGUACUUGCAGUUGUCAUUGCCUCCCUCUGAGAGGGAAACUCCAACACUGGAGACACUGAACAGCCAAUUCAGAGUGUACCCAGCCCUUCCUACACUAUCAAUCGCAUCAAUACCUUCACCAAAAGGCAGCUCAGAGCACUCAGUUCCUUUAAGUCAGGAGAAUGAAUUCUGGGAAGAAAGUAAAGAUAUCGACUUCUCAAAAGGACAUCACUACAUUGAGUCUGCUUGUGAUUCCCGUGACCAGAGCAUGACAGGGACACCACAAAGCAUGGACAGAACCAUGAUGCGGUCCAGGAGUUCGGACAUUAUUUCAAUGAAAGAUCUGGAUGAUUUUGCUAUGGAAGCGAUUUCUUGAGUGUUAAGAAAUGGCCAAAAAACAACAAAAACAGCUUAAUGUAGACCAAUGCCCAUGAACUUACACAGUGGGGGCAGGGCCUAAAGCACUUUUAUAAUCUAUUUAUAGUCUAAGGUCCGUGUAAACAAGAGUAUAAAAAAACCAAACAAUGUUUUGAACACCUUGUCUUUUCAAUUUAUGGAAUGUGAUAACAUAGCUGCAAACAGAAUGCAAAAACAGCAGAAGUAAGGAGAAUUGCAGAUAAUGAAAGAUUAUGAAGGAUAUAUAUAUAUAUAUAUAUAUAUAUAUAUAUAUAUAUAUAUAUAUAUAUAUAUAUAUAUAUAUAUAUAUAUCAUACUAAUUCCCCAUACAAUUCUAGCAAAUAACAGCUAAGGAAGAAUUAGUGUUCACCCAAAAUGUUUUGGAAAAUAGAGCACAUACAAACUAGAAAAUUACAUUUACUUGCCUGCUUGCUUGGCACAACUCCAAACUAUUUUUUUUCUUUUUUUGUAUGUUCAUGUGUAAUGAGAUAGGGCUAGUUUGUUUCAUUAGUAUGUGUAGUGGUUGAUGAAAGAAUGUAUUUGCUGCACUGGUCUAUAAGAGAUUUAUGGGUAAAUUUGAAUUAUGACGUUGUAUGACACCAGUUCCUAAGUAACAAACCUAAUUACAUAUUUUAAGAUUUCCCUAUAACUUUUCUACUGCUGUGCAGUGUAUUUGAAGUAUCAGUCGUGGUGAUCCAAUGUUUUAUAGGCACUGUAGUAACAGAAAAAAUAACUCCUUUUUCAGUAGACAAAUGUGCUUUAUAAUCCAACAUGUAUAUAUUAUCUAGAAGAAAUUGUAACUCCUUAGCUGCAAGAAAAUACAGCAAUAAAAGGCUAAUAUGGGAAGUUAUGAAGCUCGGAUAUAAAGACGGGGAGAAAGCGCAAGUUCCGAUGGAAGAAAGAGGGUGUAAAUUAUUUUGCUGCCUUUGUAGUCAGCAAUUUAGUAAAAACUUAAUUUGUGAUAGAAAGUGAUAGCAAUUUUGUUGUGGAGGUGAAUGGUUAGGAUAUUAGCUUAUAAAUGUGCACAAGAUAACAGUUUAGACAAUGUAUGGGCAGUUUCUCAUUUUCAUUAGAAUUUAAAUGAUAAAUAUGUUAUGUACAUUUCUAUUAUUGGUUAUGGUGCCCAGAUUUCUGUAAAAAGAAAACAUAAAACAUUGAAAGAAGUCUCCAGUAAAAAGGCUAUAAUGUGGAGCUGUUACAAGUGAAAGCAGCUAUCUUUAUCUUAGCAAAUUGGCUCCAAAGGGUAACAUAAGAAAUUACAUUUCUUACUGGAGUCAUUUCAAUUGUUAAGAAAUCUAGGCUACUCUUUAAAUUCUUACUGCAAACUCUGAAAGGUACAAUUGUCCUUCUGUAGAACUGCCACCUGUAUGCAGCAGCUUGUCCGAUUAACUUUUAAAUCUUGUUCUGAAAACGACUGUGAUUAUGAUCUAAUUGUUCUUCUUGAUAAUAAAAAAUAAAGCACCUUUGUAAAUACCA